AUGGCAACUCCCGAGAAGCAGGCUAUCGAGUUCAAGAACCAAGGCAACAAGGCCUUUGCUGCGCAUGACUGGCCAAGCGCCAUAGACUUCUACACCAAGGCUAUCGAGUUGAACGACAAGGAGCCAACGUUCUGGUCCAACCGAGCGCAGGCCUACUACCGUAGAGCGACGGCAUAUGCGGCUAUCUUGAAACCCAAGGAAGCCGUCAAGGACUUCAAAACGUGCGUCAAGAUCGACCCGGGCAAUAAGGAUGCCAAGCUCAAGCUGGUCGAGUGCGAGAAGAUUGUGCGGCAGCUAGCCUUUUUCGCCGCCAUUGAGGUUGGGGACGAGCCGUCGGCGGCCGAGGGGCUCGAUGUGGAUUCGAUUGCCGUGGAGCCAGCGUACGACGGCGUUCGGUUAGAAGGUGGCGAGAUGACGCAGGAGUUCAUCGACGACAUGACGGAGCGGUUCAAGAACGGCAAGACAAUACACAAGAAAUACGUCUACCAGAUCAUUCUGGCCGUCAAGAAGCUUGUGUACAAUGAGCCCACCAUGGUUGAGGUCGAGAUACCUGAGGGUGUUGAGCUCACUGUUUGCGGGGACACUCACGGGCAAUAUUUUGAUCUGAUGGAGUUGUUCAGGUUGAACGGUGCGCCGAGCGAUAAGCACUGGUAUCUGUUCAACGGCGACUUUGUGGACAGGGGCUCUUGGUCGACCGAGAUCGCGCUCCUGCUCUACGCUUACAAGUGGCUGAGGCCGAACUGCUUCUUCAUCAACCGGGGCAAUCACGAAACAGACGACAUGAACCGGGUAUAUGGUUUUGAAGGCGAGUGCAAGGCCAAGUAUAACGAACGCGUGUUCAAGCUCUUCUCUGAGAGCUUCUCUGCCCUCCCCCUGGCGACUUUGGUCGGCAAGAAGUACUUUGUGCUGCACGGGGGUCUCUUCUCAGAUGACAAUGUGACGCUAGACGAUAUCCGGAAACUGGAUAGGCACAAGCAGCGGCAGCCGGGGCAAGCCGGAUUGAUGAUGGAGAUGCUAUGGACAGAUCCUCAGCCACAGCCUGGGCGUGGCCCGAGCAAGCGUGGCGUGGGUAUGCAGUUCGGGCCGGACGUCACCAAGCGGUUUUGUGAGAGAAACGGCCUCGAGGCGGUCAUCCGCAGUCACGAGGUGAGGAUGGAGGGCUACGAGGAAGAGCACGACGGGAAGUGCAUUACGGUCUUCUCGGCACCGAAGUAUUGCGACAUGACGGAGAACAGGGGAGCAUACAUCAACAUCGACCGCGAUUACAAACUCAAAUUCUCACAGUUUGAUGCCGUCCCACACCCAAACAUCCGGCCAAUGGCCUACGCGCAGAGCUCCCUAAUGUCAUCCCUGAUGUAG